UCUCGGUCUCAACAACAGCUGACAAUGCAUCCAGUGGGGGUAGCUGCUUCGUUACUGGCUUUGCUCGCGGCGAAUGGCACUCCGUCGCUCGACUGUGUCUGCUUGCCAGUCCGCAGCUCCUUCGAGGAGUACGGCGGGUGGAGUACCUACUGCAAGCAGUUCAUUCCAGGCCGAGGUGCUGAACUUCCAGGAACACCUCUACAACUACUGGCGUGACGCAGCGCAGUUACUCUCGCUUGGUGUGACGCAACUCUCAGAAUCGCUAGUUCCCUUUGCAUUCCAACUCAUGAUGAGGAGUGGCAGAUGGAGGACAGUAGCAACGCUACGCUGUCCGUGGACACUGGCUGCAUGCAGCUGUUGGCCAACGCCCUGGACCACCCCACGUGCUCACUGGAAGACCUGCCUCCGGAAACCAUUAAGCGGCGCGAGCAGUGCCGCGUGCAGCUGUGGCGAGACCUGUCGCAGGGGUCGCCCCACAUACCCGUCACCAGCUACCUGGCGAACGUCAACCUCUGCCUCUUCGCCUGGAUGACUGUCAACUCGAUCAGCAUUUGCCAGGACGAUCCCAUAAGUACGAUACAGUCCGUGCGUGAUGCUCGCCGCAUUUUUGAUAGUCGUGACGACCUGUCUUGUCCGGAAUCGAACGCUGCAGAUGCUAUCCGCUCUGCUUCCUGAGCUAUUCUGUUCUUGAAGUGCCGCGAUUUUUCUUCUGAAGAUCGCCUCAGUGCAUGAGGCGCCCUCAUGGACCACCAUGGAUAAUACUCACCUACAGUGGGAGCUGAAUGGCAGUUGCAUGUAAAGCCAACAGAAAGAUUACUGACCUACAAACAUAGUUUAAACAGCGCCACAUUGAAAUACAGGGAUUUUAAA